AUGGCGGCAGUGUGGGGGCAUCGGAUGGUAAGCAUCGAGUCGAUUGUUUAUCACGUUCACUCGAGCGAAAUCCAGGGUUGGGACUACUACAUGCCUGCCAGGGUUACUUGCCUUAAAGUCAAUGAAUAUUAUAGCCACUGUAUUCCGGAGGGUCAUGUAACGACCAACACUGCUGGGUCGACCGUGUACCUACCGUCCAUCACCCAAGCGCCCCUACCGGGUUGCACUCCCACUGGUACCAUUACAGCAGGUGCUCUUCAGCCUCGAGCCACCAGCAUUUCACUUGUUGCUAUGACGGAUGGGCAGCAGGAUCCUAUCUUCAGAAAGCUCAAGGCAGUAACGCUGCGACCCUUGGACCUGCGUCAACGAAAGGGUUGUUCCUUGCAGAUCGAGGCAUACCCAAAUCCAACAAGCUGCACCCCCUUCCUAUACUUCAACAUCGACCCGAUCGGCACAGACAAUUGGCCACUUCUUUUCGAGUCGACUGGUACGACACUUGGUUGGAACUUCUACGAUCCCGACGAUACUCUCAGCUCUAGUGGCAGCAAAGGAAUAAAUAAAUUUGUCGCUUGUUCAAACGGCACCUUAUAUUUCCAAUGGGGCCCCAAUCUUCCGAGCGGGAACUGCACAGUAACUCGCCUGAAGAUAGGCCAGUAG